CUGUCACUCGCACGCUCCUCUCUGACACCACCACCCGCCGCAUCCGCCAAGCCAUCACCAUGAGCACCAAGGUUCUCCUGCUACUCGCUCUGGCCGCCUGCGCGGCUUCCUCACUGCGCCUGGAGGGAGGGUCAUCACGGUGUCUGUGCCAGCGCGUUCACGACAGUAUCGGAGUCAAUCGCAAACUCAUCCAGAGAUUAGAGAUCAUUCCCCCAUCCAACUACUGCGAGAACGUGGAGAUAAUUAUCAACAUGACCAAUGGAAAUCAACGCUGUCUGAACCCAACCUCUGAGAAGAUCAAGCAGCUCCUCAACAAGCUGAGACAGAGGAGAGCCCGCAGAGAGACCCAGUGAUAAAACCUUCGUCAGAUACUCCACAAGACCUUCUUCAGAAACC